AGCUCUCUCCGCGUGCACGCGCAGCAGGGCGAGUGUGCGCGCCCCCGCCACUCUAGUAUAGACAACAAAGCCUCAACGUCUUCCAUAACAGCGAGGGCUGCGGACUCGAGAAACAGCAGCAUUUAUCCAGGCAACGUCGCGCUGAAUAUGGAUUUACAGUGGGUGUAACGUCGCUGGAGACCGAGCCUUCUUGGCUGGGGUGGGUGACGGACGGCAGCAAAGAAUAGAAAAAAAGACGAAGAGCAUAAGCAACGAUCUGUGUGGCUGUUUUGGGGGGUGGAUUUGUCUCUUUCAUCUAACCACAGCAACCCCCAUCACCAGAGCCGCUUCAAGUGCACCACAUUCGGCUAGUGGCUCGGCUAGCUGCCGUCGGGAUGCAGCACCAUGUUGACACCGACAAGUAGCCGCUAAGGCGACGGACAACGAGGGAAACGCCGAAAGAGCUUACUCCCCAAUAGCCGCACACUCCUCCUGAUCGAGGUCCCAACCGGUCGUCGCCGGGACCCCAAUCCCCGUGAGCCACAGUAGCGUAGCCCCACUGUUGUCGGCGAUAUGGCGGAGCAAGGCUACUCAUCUUGGGCGUAUUCUUUAGUUGACUCCAGCCAGGUGUCCACCUUCCUCAUUUCCAUCCUUCUCAUCGUCUAUGGCAGCUUCAGGUCAUUAAACAUGGACUGCGAGAACCAAGAGAAGGACAAAGAUGGCAACCCCACCACGACGGGCUCCUUCAACAACAGCAACACAAACAACAGUAUUCAGACCAUAGACUCAACGCAGGCGCUGUUCCUACCCAUCGGCGCCUCCGUGUCUCUGCUCGUCAUGUUCUUCUUCUUUGACUCGGUCCAGGUGGUCUUCACCAUCUGCACGGCAGUGCUCGCUACAAUUGCUUUUGCUUUCCUCUUGUUGCCAAUGUGCCAGUAUCUGACAAGGCCCUGCUCCCCACAGAACAAGAUUUCAUUCGGCUGCUGCGGCCGCUUCACUCUGGCCGAGCUGCUGUCCUUCUCCCUCUCCGUCAUGUUGGUGCUCAUCUGGGUGCUGACCGGACACUGGCUCCUCAUGGACGCAUUGGCCAUGGGUUUGUGCGUGGCCAUGAUAGCCUUUGUGCGGCUGCCCAGUCUGAAGGUGUCGUGCCUGCUGCUGUCAGGGCUGCUCAUCUAUGACGUGUUCUGGGUCUUCUUCUCGGCCUACAUCUUCAACAGCAACGUGAUGGUCAAAGUUGCCACCCAACCUGCUGAAAACCCCAUUGACGUCCUGUCCAGGAAGCUGCACUUGGGGCCAGGGAUGGCCCGUGACGUCCCCCGCCUCUCCUUACCCGGAAAACUGGUCUUUCCCAGCUCCACGGGAAGUCACUUCUCAAUGCUGGGAAUUGGAGACAUCGUGAUGCCCGGGCUGCUCCUGUGCUUUGUCCUGCGCUACGACAACUACAAGAAGCAAGCGAGCGGGGAGGCCGCGGGGCCCGGGAACAUGUCGGGACGCAUGCAGCGGGUCUCCUAUUUCCACUGCACUCUCAUCGGAUAUUUUGUGGGUCUUUUGACGGCCACCGUGGCAUCCAGGAUCCAUCGUGCUGCUCAGCCUGCUCUGCUCUACCUGGUGCCCUUCACCCUGCUGCCUCUGCUCACCAUGGCCUACCUGAAGGGGGAUUUGCGGCGCAUGUGGUCCGAGCCCUUCCACACCAAGCCCAGCUCCCGCUUCCUGGAGGUAUGAUGCACCCAGGCAAUUAGCGACCAGCAACUGAGGGGAGGAUCACGGACCCCCACUCCCAUGGAAGAGCGGGGGAUGAAUGGAUGGAUGGAUGGAUGGGUGGGUGGGGGGUUCACCCUCACAGUGAGGCCAUGUCGUCACAACUUGUUCAUGCUUUCCACCCAUCUGCAAAGAACCCAUGAGAAGGACACAAGGGGGUGUGUGUGUGUGUGCGCGCGUGUGUGGAUCACAAAUGCCCCCAACACACGUCAUCUUCCUCCUCUUCAUGAUAGCACACCCUGCUCAUGUUUCACUUCCCCUUCCUCUCGUCUUUCCUCCGCAUUGAUUUGUCACACAGAUCACAUGAGCUCCCUCCUGUCCCUCCUCCCUUAGUGGACUUGCGAUAAUGAGACAUGUGGGGGGCAGGGGUCUAUAUAUAUAUAUAUUUUUUAGCAUUGUCGUGGUCAUUACUCUUGACAUUAUUAUUUCAGAGCGAUGUCAAACAAGCAAGGAGUGUCGCCGUGGCGACAGGAGGAGGGGGAGGGACAUGCGGUGAAGGAGAGGAGGGGGGGGGCAUACACGCAACACACAGAUAACGAGACAUCCCCUCCUCUCUUGUCACCUGCUCUCCUCACUCCCCAUUCCGCAAAGACGACAUUGUAUUUUAUUUAGAAAACGGUUUUAUUCUCUGCAUAUACAGAAAAAUGAUGCAUUUUGAAAUGGCGCACACCCGGCGGGCAUGGCUCCCAUUUGUAGAUAUGUGUACACUUGUAUUUUUGCCAUCUCUUCAGUUCGUAUUUGUGUUGGAGAGCAUGUUGAGCAGCGGGCGGCUUGAAACUGACGGCCAGUGGACUCCUGGAAAACUUUUGGUGUGUGUGUGUGUGUGCUUAUGCGAUAGAAACACAAAGGCAAAGAAAACAAUAUCCAACCGUGUCAACGGCUGUUAGUUUCCUGCUCCUGUUCUCAAGUAUGCGCGUGUGUGUGUGUGUGUGUGUGCGUGUGCGUGUGCGAGGGAGAAUGAUGACCUGCUUUUAAUUUGCUUUUAAUUUGGACUGGCUGUGACAAUAGUCAGGUUGGCAUUGACGCGGGUGGACUACUCUGACUCACCGGUGUGUAAACCUUUUUGUAAAAUAUGUACUUUUUUGGGGUGGGGGGGGGGUUGUUUUUCAAGAUAGGGCGAGUCCAGACAGGUGGAAAUGUAAACAGUGUUUUUUUAAAAAUAAAUGUUUCUUCAAAUAAAUGAAUGUUGAAUUAAUUUGAAGGUAUGUUACGUUCAUCCAGAGACCCGUUUUGUCCCUUUUUUCUGAUGCUUUCUUUUUAAAAAAUUUUGUGCACAACCGAAAGGGACGUUAAAAGGCCACCGACAUGGUGACGCCAAAGAACAAGUGAGUGAGCGUGAUGAGGACCUGACUAUUGUGAUGUGGGGAGAUGCACAGGUACUGUGGUUACAUGUAUAGAUACAGCUGUGUGUGUGUUGGGCCUGAAGGAUGGGAGGAAAUCACUCAAAAAAAAAAUCUGAAAUUGAUCAAUGGAAAUUAGAACUAUAAGCUAACAAGUAGUUUGUUUUACUGUAACCAGUCUUUGUUGUUGUUUUUUUUUGUAAUUUAUUUUUUAUUUUCUUUUGUUGUCUUGCCACUGUUUUGUGGUGCCUGUCUAAUUUAUACCACAAAAGUCAAGGAAGCCCAAGGGACGUUGCAGGUUUUUUUUUGUGUGCCCCCCCCCCCCCCAUUUUUUUUUUUUUAAUUUUAUUUUUUACUCGGGACGUGCAUGUUAAGUGUGCAUUGUAAUCAUUUUGGGCGGCGAUUGCCGAACUUUUUUGGAGGCUGGACAAGGACCUAUUCUAUGAGCCCCGCCCUCCCCGUGUACACAGCAGAGUUUGGACUCGAGACGUUUGUGACUUGGGGUGCAGGGGGGAAAAAAAACAUCUCAAUCUUUGGGACCUGAGCACCCUUUCCAAGCUUGAACUGUCAAAACCACAAAGCCCAUCACCUCUCCAUGGACAUGGCAAGAAAAUAUAUAGAUUUAUAUACAUAUACAAGUAUACAUAUAUACCUAUAUAUAUGUGUGUAUAUACACAUAUAAAUAGCUGAAGACGAUCAUUGUGGACAACCUUUUUUUUUUUAUGGAUUUCUUUUCAGUCAUUAAAUUUUGUCUCCAGAGGAUUGCAGCUCUCUAGACAUUGCGACUGAAUGGAUUCUGUAUAGACAAAUGGUGACUCAAUAAAUUAAGAACCGUGUUGUGAUGAAACAUGAAUCUGGAUGCGUUUUAUCCACACACCAAAAAAAAAUGUCUCCCUCAUUCAGGAUUGUGCUGUAAAUAAACAUGACUAACUGUAAA